AUGGCUCGGGCGCAGCCCGAGACGCUGGACAUCGCGGAGAGCCAGGUCUGCAUCGCGUUCGACGGCGACCCGAACUUCCGAUGGCAUCACCGAGUUUUACUGAUCUACCUGCUGAAGCUGGACGAGUAUCGAGUGGUCGCCCUGGCACGGGCGGCCGUGUUCCCGCCGAGGGUUCGAGGCCAGGUCUACGCGUUCGGAGCUCUCUCGGACGCCGACCUGGCCAACCUGCGGCGCGACGGGCGCAACUUCGCGAAGGUGCUGGGCUUCCCCCUCCCCGCCGUGCAGCCUGGGGUCGAGGUCCCUCGGUGGAUCGUCGCGGACCCGGCGAGCGACCACUUCGGGGAGGAGCUGAGCCUGGAGCUGAUCACCUCGGCCGAGCGGUUCAUCAGCCGCGACGCGGUGGCUCUCGUGAUGCUGUCCGACGCCGAGGGCUGGGUCGCCGCCGAGAGCGUGCAGCUCAGCGACGAGCCGGACUGGAAGGCGGAGAAGAGGGCUGGCCCAGGCAGGGGCCGCCGCGUGCUGCCGCAGACGGGCGUGUCUGCGCAUACCGUCUCACUGGCGCAGCUGGCGGCCCUCCUGAAGAGCGUGGACGUGGAGGACUGGCCGCUCGAGGGGCCCAAGGCUCUCGUCGAGUGCUUGGCCGCAGUGGUCUCGCCUGGGCACUCGGUCUCGUCGCACUGGGGCUUCUGGGUGGCCCAGUCGGGGGUCUCGCGCGGCAGCGCCGUGGCCCAGGAGCUGAAGAACAUCGCAAGGCCGGGGCUGGGCCGGCUGGCGCUGGAUAGCAAGCCAGGCGGCCCGGCGCCCCUGGCGGCCGCGGGGAGCGUACCGCUUUGCCUCGGUAUAAGGACAGGGAGCGCCGACAUCGCUCAGGAGUCGAGCGUCAAGGACGUGCUCGACAACUUCGACGCGACCGUCGUCCGCCCGCUCUCCGAGCUGCCAGAGGACGAGCCGCUGGUGCAGCCGCAUUGGGACCCGCAGCUCGACCCACGCCGGCGCGGCACGCGCCCGGCGCUGGCGGCCUUUCUUCGUGCGCUGGCUGGCCGAGGGCUCGUCGGAGCUCGGGCCCGUCGGAAGUCGUGCAUCUCCGCCUCCUUUGUUCGCAAGAAGAACGGCGACCAGAGGAUGGCGCUGGAUGCCCGGCAGGCCAACCAGCUGCAGCGCCUCCCGCCCAAGACCGUGCUCGCCUCGGGUGAGGCGCUCGCGGCGAUCAACCUCGUGGACGCCACCGACCUCAGCCCGGACGACCUCGACAUCGUGACGACCGGGGGCGACCUGGUGGCCGGCUCGGUGGACCUGCUGCAGAUGGACGCUGGCGAGCUCGGGGUGACGCAGCUCUAUGGCGAGGAGCUCGGCCGCUACGUCGACAUCAGUCCCGACACCCGUGUCUGGCCCUGCUUUGAGGCCCUUCCUAUGGGGUGGUCAUGGGCUCUGUGGACUUGCCAAGAGGUCCUGAUCGACACCAUGGGCACCGUCUUCGGCGACAAGGACUCCUGGUGCCUGGACAAGGGCAAGCCGCCUUCCCUGCUGAACGGGGGGGUUGCUCACGCGCCCUAUGUCGACAACGCGAACCUCAUUUCCCUGGGCGCCGGCGAGCUCGACCGGCGCCUCGGCGCCGUCGCGGACGAGCUAGACAAGAGGGGGCUCCGCUGGCACGAGUUGCAGCAUGCCACCUCGUCGCAGGGCAUCCUCGGUCUCGAGUUCGACGGCCGACAUGGUCGUCUUCGCCACACGUCACGGCGGGCGUGGCGCCUGUACCUUGGCCCGCACAAGGUAGUACUACGCAGGCCAAGGCUCGCCCGCUGGCAGGUCAGGAGGCUGCUCAGACACAUCGUGCACUACUUCAGCAUCAUGCGGCCCGCCCUCAGUGUGCUGGGGGAGUCCUAUGCCUAUCUCGAGUCGGGGCCUAUGGAGGGCGUCUCCCGCCUGCCGUCCAGCGUCUUGACGGAGCUCCGCUGCGCUGCCGGGCUCGUGUUCCUCGGCCAGGCGGAGCUCUUCGGGCACGAGGUCCUCGACGCUUCGCGCUGGCGCGAGAGGCAGCGCUUCAGCGAGGUCGAUGUCGCUGGCGACCCCGAUAAGGACGUCUACCUCGGCCGUGCCGCGGGGCUGGCCGACGUCUCCGACCUCUGCUGCGACGACCUCGGCGUCGCCGAUGCGGGACGUCCCCGCAGGCAGGCGCGUGCUCGCCGCCGGCGCCAGGAGAUGGAGGUGGGCCGCCCCGCGCCCGAGCUGGCUCCCGAGCUGGUCGACCCGCAGCGGUGGGCCGAGGCCUUCCGAGGCGCGUGGCGGCAUCCCGGCCGCAUCCACAGCUUGGAGGCCCGCGCCUCUGCGAUCGGGCUAGGCGCAGCCGCGCGCCAGGUCAAUUGCCACGGGGCCGAGCUGCUGAGCCUCUCGGACAAUUUGUCCAGCGUCCUGUCGUUCGAGAAGGGCCGCGCCAGCAAUCGGGAGCUUCUCGCACAAUGUCGUCGGGCCGGCGCCCUGCAGCUGGGUGCCGAGAUCACGUGGCGGGUGCGUCACGUUCCAGGAUGCGUGAACGUUGCUUGCCCGCCGGCGCCCGGCAGGUGGUCUCCUGUCGUGGGAGCCAGCGGCGGCCCGCCCUGUCUCGGGCCUGCGGAGCCCGAGCCCCUCAUCACCAGCGUUGCCUUCGCGACUCGGCCGUCGCCGAGCCGCGUCUCCAGGCCUCCAGGGCUCGGAGAGAAACCUAUCGAGUGCACGGGGCAGUGCAGCGAGGUCGUCCGCGUCAUCGACGAGUCAAGGUCCCCAGGCUGGGUCAUCAAGCUCUUCGGCCCGCCCUCGGGCACGCGCAGGGCCUCGUCAAUGGUGCUCCUCAGGGUCUUCGUCUCAGACCCCGCUCUCGUCAGCUUCGCCGCGCGGGUGCUCAAGAUCUGCCGGAAGCUGAACAUCUUCGUGCUCUUGGAGAACCCAGGCCCCAGCCGGGUCUGGCGCUGGGCGCCCCUGGAGAAGGAGCUCCGGCACCACAAGCCGGGCAAGGUCGUCUACGACUCUUGCCGCUUCGGGGCCCCCUUCAAGAAACCAGGAGCUGUCGCCGGCACGCUGCCGGGCCUGGAGCUGCUGGGCCGCCAGUCCGCCUAUGGCCGAGCCACGCCCAGAGACCUCGCGACUUGGGAUGGCGUCCUGGCAGCCACAGCGGGCGAGGUUCCGGCGGGGGCCAGGCGCAAGGCCGCCGGGCGGGCGGCGGCAGCGGUGACUCGGGCCGAUCAGCAACGGCAAGCCCGCCGAGCGCCUCCUGGCGACUUCCUGCGUAUGGCCUCGCUGCGUCCUGCGACCCUGACCAAGUACCAGCAGGCCGUCGCCGACUUCGAGGAUGCGCUUGCGGGCUGGUUGGCCAAGACGCCUCGGCGCCCCGGGAUGCCCGCCCCCCUCGACGCGGUGAUCGCCUGCGUGGGAGCCCUCGCUGAGCGCUCCUCGCUGGGGGCCCUCGCCGCCGUGGCCAUGAUAGUCCAGUUCGACUUGUGCCUGCGGCCCAGCGAGUCGUCGCUGGCACACCUGUGCCUCUGCGACGCCAAGUGCCAGCAGCGCUGCCCGCCCUCCGCCGAGGCCGUGCAGGGCCAGAUCAGGAAACUCCGCGAGAACUUGCCCGGGGCCAUGACCAGGUCCAACAGCAUGGCGAACGUGCCAUCCUUGGCGCUGGCCGACAUAUACGCCGCGGCAAAAAUGAGCAAGAAGAAGCCUGGUGUCGCCAAGUUGAGGAAGAAGUUCGCGAGGGCAUGUUGCGGGGCGAUCAAGUGCGGCGACGACGCCGCGGCGGCGUGCGUCAACGGAGACCCGGGGAGGACGGAGAACGGCGGACGGGGAGGGGCCGCCGUGUUGACGGGCUACGGCGAGAUUCUCGGAGAGGCCAUCGCGUCUCAGGCCAACAUCCACGAGCAGUGGGGAGGCGUGGUCCCGCGCCUCGCGCAGGAGGGGCACCGCAACGCCAUCGACAAGACCGUGGAGGAGGCGCUCCGCCGGGCCGGCGUGGCCCCAGCCGAGCUCUCCGCGGUGGCGGUCACCGUGGGGCCAGGGCUGGGGCUGUGCCUGGAGGUGGGGGUGCGCAAGGCCCUGCAGAUUGCGGCGGCGCACGAUCUGCCGCUGGUCCGCGUGCACCACAUGGAGGCGCACACGCUGGUGACGCGGCUGCCGCCCGCGGCGGCGGGGCAGCCGGCGGCCGAGCAGCCGGCAAAGGCGCUGUCGCCCGCGUUCCCUUUCGUGACGUUGCUGGUCUCUGGGGGCCACAACAUGGCCGUCCUCAGUCGCGGCAUCGGCUCGCACACGAUCCUGGGCAGCACCAUCGACGACUCCAUCGGCGAGGCGUUCGACAAGACCGCGCGGCUGCUCGGGAUCACGCAGGUGCCCGGUGGCCCGCACCUCGAGCGGCUGGCGAAGGACACGAGGGCGAUCCCGACGUGCACACCUUCCCCGUGCCGCUCUCAAAGACGCGCGACCCCAUCUUGCAGACGGGCUGCGACUUCUCCUUCUCGGGCCUGA